GGUGAUGAGGAAAGGUCGUGAGUCCUCUGGAUAUCAGCAGGGAGUUGGAGUGGUUGCAGGGUUGAGGACUCUGAGGCCGUGCGGAUCUUUGGUUCGAAAGGCAGAAUUUAUCUUGGGGUUUGUCUGGAGUGCUGAUGGCGGGCGUUACGGAAAAAUAAGUUACCGUGGACUAACUUUCCGAGAUUUCCUUGACGCUGCAUUCGAAAGGGGGAGGAAGGCGGUGACGAUUGGACUGUCACCUUCAGCUUUUGCACGCAACCAGAUGAUUUGCCAUCAGGCUCUGAGCCUUCAAAGCACUUCACUUGAUCUUUAUUUAUUGGCCCAAGCUCUUCAGUCAAGCAGAAAGCUUAUAAGGCAGCUUUGACUAAAGAUGACAUCCUUGUUUGCUCAAGAAAUUCGCCUGUCUAAAAGACAUGAAGAAAUAGUAUCACAAAGAUUAAUGUUACUUCAACAAAUGGAGAAUAAAUUUAUAGACGAAAACAAGGAAAAGGCAUCUCAGAUGCAAGCAGCUGAGACUGCUUUUAAAAGGAACCUUGGUCUUUUAAUGGAUAUAGAAGCCGCAGCAAAGUCUCUACAGACCCGGAUUCACCCAAUCCCGUCACCAGAGGUGGUUUCUCUUGAGACUCUUUACUGGGCAUCAGUAGAAGAAUAUAUUCCCAAAUGGGAACAGUUUCUUUUAGGAAGAGCACCAUAUCCUAUCGGUGUUGAAAAUGAAAAUGAAGCAGAAAAUACCGUUCAGAAUGAGGCGCAGUGAUAACUUCUUCACAUACUCUUUUCAAAAAAAUCUGUUUAGUACAGCUGAAUAUUAAAGAAUAUACGGGUCAUUUCGGGUACCUUAGGAAUCGAAUAUGUUCAUAUUGUCCCAUUACCUCCUCAAUGACAUGAAGAUAGGAGAAUCGGCUGACAAGUCUCAGGUUCUAUCACUUUGAGACCUACUAUUACUUCAGGGUCACGAAUUUGCUUUCUGCUAAUCCCAUGGAAGUGUUAAGAGCUAAUAUUGAAAAGUGGACUGUUUAUUAAGUAAGUCACUAAAUAAGUGUUGUGUGUCAUUUUUUUAAAAAAAAUCAUUUAUUGUCAUUCUCAUCUAAACAGUGAAUACUGGUUGUUCUGAUUUUACAUUUUCUAGAAUUGUUUUGGUUAUUUCUUUAUGGGGAUCGGGUUUAGCACAGGAUCCCAGUAGCUGUUGGCCCUUUUAACAAAUGGAAAAAAUAGAGGUAUUUACCUGCUUCAGUAUAGUAUUUAUUAGACAAUGGAUUCAUGGGAUUUUGUCCCUCAUAGAUAAUCAAACCUCUGAAGGUUCUGGAGGAAAGAACUAAACUACAAAGCACUCGAGAAGUAGCCAGUUUCAGGGGGGCUCAGACUUAGUCCUGAAAAAGGUCACCUAUUAGAGCUGGGAAUGGUUAUUGGAUUUUGACUUGGUUAUUUAAGGACUACCAGCCUAUGAAUGCAAGUAACUCCUCUCAUCUUUUCAUCUUGAAACUUGCCCUUCCCUCUCCUGUUUUCAUUAUUUCUGAAACAACUGUCAGAAAGCUUUGCAGUUCCUCAGUCCUCCACCGCUGGAGCACUCAAAAAGGUUGUUUUUUUUUUAAUUUUUUUGAUUAUAGAGGCAGCUCCUGCUAGUAAGGGGAGUCUAUGUUCAUUACAAUUCAAGAGUUUAAAAAUUUCAAACUGGUGUGUAUUUUUACAUGAAGACAGCAGGACAAGCUUUAAAAAAAAAAAAAAAAAAACAACUAUAUUGAAACGUCCAUUGUGCUGAUAAGUUCGUUUAAACCACCAUCUUGGAAAUAUCCUGUUGAGUGGGUGUUGGUGUGGGUAACAAUAACGUUGUUUUCAUAAUAUGCGCUGGCAGAUUAGCACACUUCUCUACAGUGUUAACAGUUGUAAUUAAGGAAUAAACAGCACAGAGUGUCAGUCCGAUGACAAUUUCAUCUAUAGUGUCACAAUACAAAAUGUCACAAAAUAUUAGAACUGUUAUAUAACUAUAAAAAGUACCGGCUUAAAAGCUGAAAGGCUUAAAAAAAAAAAAAAAAACAAGGAAGACAGAAAGGAAGAAAAAAGAAAACUGGCAUAGAGACCAGAACAAUUUAUACCUUCUCAAGAAUGUUCUGACAUGAAAAUAAAUUGAUAAUUUUUUUUUCCCGUUACAUCACAGUUUGGUUUCUAGCCAUCCAGUUGAUUUAGCAGGAGAAUACAGGGCUUUUUAGCAGCUUUGAAUUGGUAAACAGAUUUAGAUGUAGUAGAAAGGAACAUGAGGAAGUUUUUUUUUUUUAACAUCCAAUCUUUCCCAGCAUAUGCACAUAAGAAGGUGAAUGAAGCGAUGUGAAACUUAUUUCUCUUUAGUCGAGUGAAAAAAAGGCUAAACAUUUGUUGAGAUGGUAAAAUAUUGUGUCAAGCAAGUAGGCACAUUCCAAAAUUAAACAGUGGUUGAUACAUUAACAUCCUCAAAUAUUUGAGUGUACAUUUCCUUUGAGUUCUGUAAAUUAAAUCACCAGUAGAUUAGAUUAAAAUACAAAAUGAAUAGCAAUUUAA